UUAUCGGAUAGUUUUGGGAAACCCUAAAUAUAACUGCCGUCACUCCCUCUCUUCUCAGAUUAUCUGCACCAGCAAAAUUCAAACCCUUUCACAGAUUCCUUCGCCCUCUCCUCUCACCGCCGUCCGCCGCCUUCCUCCCUUCUCACCGCCAAGCUCCUCCCGUCUCACUGCUUUCCCCUCUCACUCUCAAGGUCAGCACAGAGCCGUCGUCGCGCGCCUGAGGAUUAGCGUCAGAGGCAGAAUCGUCGCGUCAGAGGCAGAAGCGUCGCCUUCUUCGUCGCGUCAGAGGAGAAUCGUCUUCGUCGCCGUCCAGCAAGAUCAUCAGGCAUUGUUUUGCGUCAGGAACACUGAAGGCGUGAAGCUUGGUUAACAAUCAUCAUGGCAUUGUGUAACAAACUUGGAAAUUUCUUGAGACAAAGUGCUUCAGGAAGCAGAUUAGCAUCUGCUCCAUCAAUGCUCAAUUAUAUUCGCUGCAUGUCCUCAAACAGGCUUUUCAUUGGGGGCCUUUCAUAUGGAGUUGAUGACCAGUCUCUUCGGGAUGCAUUCUCUGGCUUUGGGGAUGUGGUUGAUGCAAGGGUGGUCACUGAUAGAGACACCGGACGAUCAAGAGGUUUCGGAUUUGUCAACUUCUCAAGUGAUGAGUCUGCAAGCUCAGCACUCACUGCAAUGGAUGGGCAGGAUCUAAAUGGUCGAGUGAUCAGGGUGAGCUAUGCAAAUGAUAGGCCUUCUGGACCUCGAGGUGGUGGCGGAGGUUUUGGUGGUGGUGGUGGUUACGGGGAAGGUGGUUACCGUAGAGGUGGAGGUGGUGGUUAUGGUGAUCCAGCCUUCUAGACCACAGUGCCCCUGUUCAUGUUUACAAUUCUCCGGGUUGUGUGUGAAACUUAAAUUAAGAUUGCUCAAGCCUCAGGUGGUAAAUUGCAACUAGAAGAUAUGUUAGGGUUUAUUAAAUUUCUUUUUUAUGGUUUUUCCGGCUAUUUUAAUGGAGCAUUUCUUUCUAAUGCAAUUGUGUUCGGUGUGCAA